AUGGAAGCGCCGUUUACAAGGGACACAUGUGGAGGGUUGGCCAGGCGUGAAAGCUGGAGACGCACUGGGUCGCAUGUAUACCGUGGUCCAACGAACUUCCAAGCACUGAAGAAAUUUGAUGGACUAGAGCGAGCGACAUUCAGGGAAGCAUGUGAAGCACGUGGACUAUUGCAUGAUGACAACCACUGGGACUUAACCAUGGAGGAGGCCGUGCUGUGUCGCUCAGCCGCCAAACUCAGAGAGCUGUUUGCAAUUUUAGUGAGUACUUGCGGAGUCUCCAACCCUCUCCAGCUGUGGGAAAAAUACAAGGACGCACUGCCAGAGUAUAUCGCGCAUACGCUACAAGGGACGCACGCAGAUUUGAUAACUAAUGAGGCGCUGAAAUUAAUAGAGGAUAAAAUAAAUAACUUAUGCGGAAAAAAUAUGGUGGAUUUUGGUUUGCUUACACCACAACGAAGGGGAGAAUUGUCAAGCGAUGUUAUAAGAGAAUUCAAUUAUGAUACCGUCGCCUUAGACACUUUUGUUAAUGAAAUGACACCACAUUUGCUUCCCGAGCAAGAGCAUGUUUACAAUUUAAUUAUACAGCGUGUUAAUAGUGGUGAACCGGGAAUCUUUUUUCUGGAUGCACCAGGAGGUACUGGCAAGACAUUUGUUCUAAACCUGUUGCUGGCUCGACUUCGCAAGUACCGUAAUAUAGCCCUGGCUGUGGCUUCCUCAGGAAUCGCAGCAACGUUGCUUACUGGUGGACAGACUGCGCAUUCAACUUUUAAAUUGCCACUAAAUCUUGUGAGCGAAGAAACCCCUACUUGCAACAUUAGCAAAACUAGCAACCGCGGUGCUCUCUUGCAACAGUGCAAGUUAAUUGUGUGGGACGAGUGCACUAUGUCGCAUAAGCAUGCUGUAGAGGCAUUAAACCGGAGCCUGCAAGAUAUCCGUAUCAAUCAGGCUUUGAUGGGAGGAGUUGUGGUCUUGAUCGCUGGUGAUUUUAGGCAGACAUUGCCUGUUAUUGAGAGGGGUACACCGGCAGAUGAGAUGAAUGCAUGUUUGAAGGCGUCGGCACUGUGGUCCAAGGUGGAAAAGCUUUACCUUACGUGCAAUAUGCGAGUUCAACUUUUCAAUGAUUUGGAAAGUGGUGAAUAUGCAUCUAAGCUGCUUCAAAUCGGUGUGGGUGUACUACAAACGAACAUAUAUGGUAAAAUUGAAUUUAAGAGCGAUUUUUGCAAUCCAGUGAUGACAGAGGAUGAACUAAUUUUGUGCGUUUAUCCGAAUUUGCAAAUUAAUAUAAGAAACCCCGAUUGGUUAUGCGAGAGGGCAGUGCUUUCGCCAAAAAAUGAGUCUGUCCAUAAUAUUAACAAAAAAAUAAUGGAAGGGUUAGUUGGAGAAUCGAAAAUCUACACAUCAAUAGAUACGGUGAUGAGCAGUGAUGACAGUACAUCUUACCUUGUAGAAUUUCUUAAUACAUUGGAAUUAACAGACGUGCCUUCCCUUAAACUCGAGCUAAAGAUUGGAGUCCCAGUUUUGCUGAUGCGUAACCUAUAUGCACCGAGAUUGUGCAAUGGCACCCGGCUAUGUGUUACAGAGAUGGGGAGAAAUAUCAUCAAGGCAACUAUUCUCACCGGAUCAGCUAAUUCCAAUUAUCCCAAAUAA